AUUUUCGUUCCGUCAAAACGCUUACGACGAACAGUCAUCAUCGCCGCGGCUGGGGCUGCCCGAAUGGACUCUAUCACUGCUAGUAUUUGCUGAGAAAGGAGAAAAAAGAACAAUCACUUCGCUAGGAGUAAAAAGUGUGUCAAUCGCUGCCCGAUUUUAGCCAAUUUAGUGGACAAACUCGCGAUCCUAUAGUGUGAAUUACAAUUUGCAUGGCAAAGAGGCUUUCUCCAGCUUAGUGAAAAGGUUGAGGACAGCAUUUUCGGACUGUGUACCCUUGGAAGGGAACUUUAGCUGGUGUUUUUUCUGCACGACAAGCCGCCCCCGGAAAUUAAGAAGAGCUCCAGCAAUUAGGGAGAUAGUGUGCUAGAGAGAGAGGACAAACUAGUGUCUUGGUGGAGCAGAGGGUUGUGUGGUCUGUUGUUUUAUGUGUUUGGCCGAUUUUUUCAACUAGACCUGGAGUGACUGUGUCUCAGGGAAUAACAUCCGAAAGCAUAUUAUUAGUUGGAUUACCUCAUCGGCACCAUCGGUUCCGUGUUUAACACCGCUAGCAGAAUCUGGAUGUGCAGCGCUAAGCCAAGAUGAUUUUGCUCGAGAUCAACAACCGGAUUGUGGAGGAAACGUUAACCGUCAAGUACAAGAAUGCUAUUGCUGGCAACAAAGCUGAAUCAAUCGACGUUACUGUGGCCGAUUUCGAUGGCGUGCUGUUCCACAUUUCCAACAUCAACGGAGACAAAACUAAAGUGAGGAUUAGUAUAUCUUUGAAAUUCUACAAACAGCUGCAAGAACACGGCGCAGACGAACUACUGAAGCGGGAAUACGGAGAUCUGCUCAUCACUCCGGAGGAUGGCUACAACGUUUCGGUACUGGUCGAUCUGGAGCAUAUUCCCGAAAACUGGGAGGAGACAGUGCGGAAGAUAGGGCUCCUAAAACGAAACUGUUUCGCUUCGGUGUUCGAGAAAUAUUUUGACUUCCAAUCACAAGGCGAAGGUGAAGGAGAGGGACAGAAGCGGGCGGUGAUCAAUUACAGGAACGAUGAGACGAUGUACGUCGAAGCGAAAUCUGACCGAGUGACGGUAGUGUUCAGUACGAUAUUCCGAGACGAGGACGAUGUGGUGUUAGGCAAAGUGUUUAUGCAAGAGUUACGUGAAGGUAGAAGAGCAUCACACACGGCACCACAAGUACUGUUCUCCCACAGGGAACCUCCGAUGGAACUGGCGAACACUGGUGCUAGGGUCGGGGAAAACAUAGGAUACGUUACGUUUGUACUCUUUCCGAGGCACACCUCUAAAGAAACGCGUGAUAAUACAAUUAAUUUAAUUCACAUGUUCCGUGAUUAUUUGCAUUAUCAUAUUAAGUGUUCUAAAGCGUACAUCCACUCGCGAAUGAGGGCAAAGACGUCGGAAUUCCUGAAAGUGCUCAACCGUGCUCGCCCUGAGCCGAAAAACACCGAAAAGAAGACCAUAACUGGGCGAACUUUCAUUAGGAAGGAAUGAUUUUGGAAUUCAUCUGACAUCUAGUUGUUAAAUGUGUAAGUAAAUAUUUACUAAUAAUAAAGCAAAAACCAGGCAAAAAUUUAGUGACCCCUCAUGCAGACAAAAAAGCAAAAAAGCGAACGAACAGUAGUAGUAUUCCACUGUGCAAAAAUGAACAAUGAGUCAAAAAAAAUGGAACAAUGUUUAGGCAUGAAACGCGUAUAUUAAAACACUAACAUUCGAGUAACCAAUUCAAGACGAAAGUAUGAAAAAAUCGUUAUAAAUAUUCACGCUACUUUAGGAACUUCAUCACUAAAAAUUUCUUUAAUCGCCGCUGCCAACGAGAAAUAAAGUUUACAGUUAUUAUAAAAUAAUUAUAAUAAAACCAUUUUUAAACAAAUUCAAAUAUUUUAUUUAAGUAAAGGAAUAAAUUGCAAUUACCUUCGAAUGAAUGAAUAAAGAACAGCCACUAGUGGACUACUAGCUAAUAGGAACCAACUGAGCGAAUGAUGAACGGAUAAAGGCUAACUGAACAGAGUGAGAGGUCGCUGUUCAGAACGUUGAAUGAAAGAAUUGCUGACGAAUGAGCGAACGUCGGCAAGCGAGAUAUAGAACUGAUGCAAAGGAAGCGCACGGGCAACAGAGCUCCUCCUUUUCCUUAGUGUUAUCGUGCAUUAACUAAUAAUCUAAGAAAUGUGUCGCACAAUUCAGAGAUUAUAUCGACCCCAAAGGGAGCAGCAAGAAUGUGUAAACGCUGAACAAAGAGCAUCCCCCAAUCUAGUGUAGAACUAUUUAGUAGGAUUGUAAUGAUAAGAGAAGGACAAACUACCACAACUAAACCAAUUUUGUUUAUGAGUAGUCAGUUACAAUGUUUAACAAAAAAAAACGUGUAAAGUGUAAUACAACUUUUGUCCGACCUUAACGUAGUAGUAAUGUUUCGAUAGACUAAACGAAAUUUAUGAGAUCGUGGGGUUGUAUAACGUUUAGAGACCAUAGUUAGCCAGAACGCAAAUACGUGCGCCGCCACAUUUGCUUCGGAAAACGUAUAUUUUCCACCCAAACUUGGAAGCAACAAUCCUAAACACGUAACACAUUUAUCGUCAUUUAUCUGGUGAAUAUUCGUGAGCCUGCGUUUUUCGAACGCCACUAAACGCAUAAACAAGAAAAAAAAUGCAAUUAAAACAAAUCAGUUCAUCUUGUUGAAAUACGAUCGAUCAAGUAUGUACUGCUGUGGAAAAAUCCGAACCUAAUGAUCAAGAUGAAUUAAACUAUUGAAAUAUAUAUUAAAUUGAAAACGUGUAAGAUAUAUUGACACUAA